AUGUACUCAACAAGCACACAAAAACGAGAGUGGACAUAUACACCGGAGAAAUUGGCCGCUGUCCGAUUGGAGAUCAAUAUCACAUUUCGACAAAAAUACGAAUCAGUGAUGAAGCCAGAGGAGCUGGAACUCUUUGUGACGCCAGAAGAGGAACUGAGAAUGCAAAGAUCGAUAGAGGAUGCUGCGUUGAAAUUCGCCGACAAAUUCCGUCCCCACAUCUGGCCAUCAGUCAAAUGGACGGCCCUCUCGUUCUUCAAGCGAGCAUUCCUCGUUUGGGUGCCAUCGGACACUUCUAUUCGAAUGGUCAUGAUGGCUUGCUUUUACUUGGCCAUGAAGAUCGAUGAGUUCUAUAUAACUAUUGAAGAUUUCGUCAGGAACAUGAAUGUCGGCGAUCCCCGUCAAAACGCCGAACGCAUUCUGAAAUUGGAGCCAGAGCUCAUGAAAUGUCUCAACUACAAUCUGACAGUUCACUGCCCGUACCGACCAUUUGAAGGUCAUUUGAUGGAUAUGAAGACCCGAAUGCUUCUGCUCAACUUCGAUCUUGAAUCGAUUCGUCGUGAUUCGAUGAGAUUCUUUCAGCAUGCUCUCCAAACCGAUGUCCUCCUCCUCUACCCACCAUCACAAAUCGCUCUCGCCGCGAUUAAUUACGGACUCCACGCUCAAGGAAAGUCUGACGAAAUUUUGCGUGAAUUCCUCCGAAAAUUGAUUGGAAUUGAGGAGGACUCGUGGGCGGCCCGUGAUGCGCGACCGGAAGAUUUGGAGAAACUUGAGAAGACUGUCACCAGAGUCAACCAAAUCCUGAAGGAAGUGGAGAAACAGUAUGUCGCGGUCACGGAGCAAGAGCGUGAGAGUCACAAGAGCCAACUCUCCCGCAUUCAGGCUCUCAUCCCAGAGCUCGAUGAGCGUAGAAAGGCGGAAUGGGAAGCUGGAGGACGUAUUGGGCAGAUGCCAGGAGCAGUGACGGAGCAGCCGGUGGAUUCAGAUGACGAGUGA